AUGAGCACCUCAAGCGGCUUCCUCAAGUUCAACAGCAGGCCAACCCAGCUGUAUGUUACAGCAGAUGAAGAUGAAUUCGAUACGUUGUUCUUGAGCUACCUCCAAGAGGAAGGCUUCAAAGCCACAUAUCUUCCCUACCGAGGGGGAGGUAGAGCAUAUUUCAACGAGCUGAAGCACCUCGCCGAUGACCUAGAGAUAGGUGAAAGCUAUGGCAUCAUUGCUUUCGCCAGCGCCGCAACAGAUUGUCUGGAGUUCCACAUCAAACCUCAACCCAAGCUCGCAGCUCUCAUAGCUUACUAUCCAACCGAAAUUCCGAAACCCAACACCAAGUAUCCCGUGCACUUGAAGGUACUCUGCCAUAUAGCCGGAUCUCAAUGCUUCGCACCUGCAUUCCCCUCGUACACCUACCAAGGAACCCUGCCUGGCUUCGCAGAGUUCGAUCUCGAAGAGUACGAUAAAAUCGCAGCAUCUCUGAGCUGGACUCGAAGUCUUACGACAAUCCGAAAGGCAUUUCAGGUCGAACUAGACAAAGGUCUCCAAUCUGCAAAGGACGCACACGUUAGCCAGAUUUGUUCACGUCACGAUCUUGCCGGGGCACUCGGAACGAUGGCACUCGAUUGUUUCGUCAACAAUGUGCCAACCAUGACAGGAGGUGUUGGAAAAGAGCAGCUUUUGAAGUUCUACAAAGACUACUUCAUCUCCAAAGGGCCUCCCAGUCUAACGGUCAAACUCAUCAGCAGAACGCUUGGAGUUGAUCGAGUCGUCGAUGAGAUGAUUGUCAGCUUCAAGCACACGCAUGAUAUUCCUUGGAUCCUUCCCAGCGUAGCGCCCACGGGGAAACAGGUGCAUAUCGCUAUGGUGAGCGUGGUGAGCGUGCGCGGAGGGAAAUUAGUCUCCGAAUCGACCUAUUGGGAUCAAGCUUCCGUUCUGGUGCAAGUUGGACUGCUGAACCCAUCGCUUGUGCCGGAGAAUUUCAAGAAGCAGGGCCUGAAGAGGUUGCCAGUCUACGAAGCUGAGACAGCAGCCAAGGUGCUGGAUGAGGACAGCCACCCAAGCAAUGGUCUUCUUGCAGAUUGGGGCAAGCCAAGGGCGGAGAACGGGCUACCCGCGAGACCCAAACAGGCUGCCGAUGGUGGGCACGCGAAGGGUUCCUGA